CCUGACUGGCGCGGCCGGGGGGCGGUCCGCGGGGCGGGCGGCCGGAGCGAUCUGUCGUCACGCUAGAGCCAUGGCCGCCCUGCGCGCCUUGCAGCCCAGCGUCCGCGCCCUGCUGUGCACUUGGCCCGGCUGCCCCGCGCCGCGCUCCUUCGCCUCCAGCGCAGCCUCUGAAUACAUCAUCACAGCCAAGAAGGGGAAGAACAGCAACGUGGGGUUGGUCCAGCUGAACCGCCCCAAGGCACUCAAUGCGCUCUGCGAUGGCCUGAUCGUGGAGCUCAACCAGGCGCUACAGGCCUUCGAGGAGGACCCGGCUGUGGGGGCCAUCGUCCUUACGGGCGGGGAGAAGGCGUUUGCAGCUGGAGCCGACAUCAAGGAAAUGCAGAAUCUAACGUUCCAGGACUGCUACUCCAGCAAGUUCUUGAGCCACUGGGACCUACUCUCUCAGGUCAAGAAGCCAGUCAUAGCUGCUGUCAAUGGCUACGCCCUUGGCGGUGGCUGUGAACUUGCUAUGAUGUGUGACAUCAUUUAUGCUGGAGAGAAAGCCCAGUUUGGGCAGCCAGAGAUCCUAAUAGGAACCAUCCCAGGUGCAGGGGGCACCCAGAGACUGACCCGUGCCGUCGGAAAGUCCCUGGCCAUGGAGAUGGUCCUCACUGGUGACCGGAUCUCGGCCCAGGAUGCCAAGCAAGCAGGUCUUGUAAGCAAAAUUUUUCCUGUUGAGACACUGGUGGAAGAAGCCAUCAAGUGUGCAGAAAAAAUUGCCAGCAACUCUAAAAUUGUAACAGCGAUGGCCAAAGAAUCCGUGAAUGCAGCUUUUGAAAUGACAUUAACAGAGGGCAUUAAGUUAGAGAAGAAACUCUUCUAUUCAACUUUUGCUACGGAAGACCGGAAAGAAGGGAUGUCCGCGUUUGUGGAGAAGAGAAAGGCCAACUUCAAAGACCAGUAAGAGCUGGCUGCCUCUGCCUCAGCACCUCGAGUUAAAGAGGAAAAACACGGCCUGUCAGCUUCUGAAGCAAAUAAAUCCUUCUCUUUCAAAC